AUGGAGUUUUCCUGUGUUUCUGAGAUAGAACAUUGCUUAGGAGGAAUAAAACAGUUCUUGAGGUGCCCCAUAUGUUUGGAUGAUGUUCAGACCCCUGUUGUAACACCAUGCUCUCAUAUUUACUGCAAGUUUUGUAUGGAUAAGCAUUUUGAGAAGAAAAGAAGUGCCAGCUGCCCGCUUUGUAACAAGAAUCUUUCUUCCAGGUCUUUAAAGAGUUCGAGCAAAGUUGUAACUGUAAUCGACUUAUGCAAGAAAGUUAUAUCGACUUAUGAAUCUGAAGCAAAAACUAAACGUUGGUUGUGUGAUUUUGCUGUUUAUCUCUUUUAG